AUGUUUAGUUCAACCCCUAGUAAUGCCCCUGGCCAAUCAAAACGUGGCGACUUGCUCGUUUCGAAGGAUAAGCGCCUGCGAGCUAAGACAACGAUGAAUGUUCUGCUUCCAGUUCCAGAAUUUCUGUCGGGAUUCACUACUUGUCCCUCUCUCAGCACCGAGCUCCUGACUAUAAUUAGCCUCGAUGACCAUUGUUUGGGCGUGCAUAAGAUCACUCGUAGAACAACCCACGAAGUAGUGGAACCGCCAAAAGAGCCGCGGCAGGACAUUCCAUGCCUAUCGAAUACCAUACCGUCCCCGACCGUCGCAUGGGAAGCAAAAUAUACGAAAGGGAGCAUAAAUCCAUCCGCUCCGAUACCUGGCGGGUUUGGAUUCUAUCUCUCGGGCCCAAGCGAUUUCCUCGAAUCCCUACGUUGUGGUGCACAAGAGGUACUUCUCAGCUAUCGAAUGAUGCUGAGCGAUGAUUGGGAUUGGAUGAAGGGGGGGAAGUUGCCUGAUGGAGGGGUUGGCGACCAAGCAUACGGCUGCACUGGUGGGCGCAAAGAAAACCGAUGCAAUUGUUUUGAUCUUCGACCGAUGUGGAGAGCGAAUGCGAUCGGAGAACUGUAUGCCUACCUCCCCUUAACGCCUAACAAUGAAGCACAAUUAGCUGCCGUUCCUCCAUACUCGCGGCAAAACGCAGAUUACGGAUUUUCUGUUGGGAGAGGCUCGUUUUGCUUAGACGCGGCUGUAGGACAAUGGAUUGCACUAGCAUUCCGUGUCAAGCUCAACGACGUUGGAUCGGAGAACGGCGAGAUACAAUUCUGGGUAAACGGGGUCUCCGCCAUAUCUGUGGCGGGGCUUACGCUUCGUACUCGCGCCGACUCUGUCAUCCAAGGCAUGCAUUUCCAGACGUUCUUUGGAGGGCACACGCCGGAUUGGGCUUCACCGAAAGAUCAAUAUGGCUGGUUUGCUGACAUCUCAGGCGCCAUCGUUCGAUAG